GUUUGGGUUUGACUCCAAUGUUGUCAUGGCGGAUUUGAUGUUUUGGUUUAUGUCUUCCUCUUGUGGUCAUCACUGGAAACUACAUAAUCAGAUGAGUUAGGAGAUAUUGUGACAAAAGGAAAGUCCGUUAAGCCUGAUUUCCCUUUCUUGUGGAAUGGGAUGAUUUCCCCUGCGUCCUGCAACCUCUGGCUCUGGUGUCGUUCUCCACUAGGAUUCUGCAGAGCUGUGGGACAUGCUGAUGAGGGAAGUCAGCCAUUUGAUUCUGGUGUGUUGGAAAAGGGACACAUCUAAAAAUCGCAGGAUAGUUGCAAUCAAGGACUGGACUUGGGAACCACUUUCCUUAACAUGGCCACAAAAUAACAUUUCUGGAUGUAAUAUCAUAAUACACUGAGAAACUGAAAGGGUGGUUUUCAUUUGGCUAAUGAUUAUUCAAAUUAACUCAUUUUGUCAGUCUUUAAGUAUUAGGAGGAAUUUUUACCCACAAUUCUGUCAUCACAAUUCACAAUAAAUGCCUAAAAUACAUGGCUCUGUGUGUAAUCGCUCCAAAAAAUAUGAGUUUCACAUCUUUCAGUUAAAUUACUGAAAUAAAUAUACUUUUCAAUGACAUCCGAGAUGCACCACUGUAAUAUAUGCAAAAAAACAUUUACUUUUGUUACUGUCUAAGUCACAAACUUUGAAAGAAUAAAAGAUAUGCAGGAGCAAUCAUCCUAAAAAAGGUCGGUGGACAGAUGGUAUGGCAUCAGGUCUUAUUCGCUGAAUUUCCAGUACAAGUAGAGUGAAACCACACUUUUAACAUAUGAGUUUUUCUGUUUAUGGUCAACCCAAAGCAUCACUAAAAGAAACUGAAGCCACAGAUAAAACACACAGAUUUACAUAAUAACAAUGAAAUUGAACAGUGUCAUGGAAUUGUUUUUGCAGCAAAUGAUAGUAAAAGAAACUGUGCUUCAUAAGGGAGGCUGAGCUGUCUGUGGUCAGUGACAUCAUGGGACAGCAGCUCUUCCUCGUUCAGAUCACGCAGAAUGACUCACUGACAUUCAGCUUGCAGAUGCACAAAUCCUUAUUAAAAGCAAGAAGUUUUACAAGCGAAGGGCAAACUGAGGAAGUGACAGCUGAGAUGCCUUCUUUGAUGUUUAAAGACGCCUUUUGGGGAUCUGAUUUCACCUGUCGUGCUGGGUACGACGCCCUGAUCCAGAGGCUACUCGACGGGAGGCAAAUGUGCAAGGAUAUGGAGGAACUCUUGAAGAUGAGGGCAGUAGCAGAGGAAAAGUAUGGGAAGGAACUGGUGACGAUUGCUCGCAAAGCUGGAGGACAAACAGAGAUCAGCACUUUGAAAGCGUCCUUUGAACAACUGAAAACACAAAUAGAGAACAUUGGAAACUUUCACAUCCAAUUAUCUGAUAUAUUGAAAGAGGAGGUGAAAAAGAUUGAGACUUUCCGAGAACGUCAAAAAGAGCAGAGGAAAAAGUUUGAAAGCAUUAUGGAGAAGGUUCAAAAGAAAAAGGUUUCCUUGUUCAAGAGGACCAUGGAGUCUAAAAAGACCUAUGAGGUGAAGUGCAGAGAGACUGAUGAGGCAGAGUCAAUGGAGAAAACCAAUGUCUCAGCCAAAAACACUGAAAAGGUGCGUCACAGAGUCAAACAGUGUAGACAAGCGGCCAAUGAAGCAGAGAGGGUGUACUUGAACAACAUCGAUCAGCUCGAAACUGUUCGUCGAGACUGGGAAGAGACCCACAAAAGCACAUGUGAGGUCUUCCAGCAGCUGGAGGGAGACCGGAUCAACGUGCUCAGGUGUGCCCUCUGGGACCACUGCAACCACUUCUCCUUGCAGUGUGUUAAGGAUGAUGAGCUUUACGAGAAGGUGAGGAAGCUUCUGGAGCUGUGUGACAUCACCACAGACAACAACUGUUUUAUAGAGAUGAAAAAGACGGGAUUGAAGCCGCCAGAUCCCAUACUGUUUGAAAGCUACUACCCAGCUGGGAUGAUGAGGAACAGUAACGGCCUAGCUUUUUUUUCUCAAGAAGACAUGUCACAAAGGAGCUCCGACCCUCUACUCAGAAGCUCUCUGAACAUAAAUACUGAAGGUCCCAUAAAUUCACGACCAAGCCUGGUCUCUGUUUCAGAAAGUGAAAUGUCUGAUAAUGGAUAUGCACCCCUUCCGCUAUUAACCCCAGCAGAUGAUCACUUCUAUGUCGUGCUUUAUGAGUACAGAGCACAGGAGCAUGAUGAACUUUCUGUAAGCAGAGGGGACAUAGUUCAGGUCCUGGUGAAAGGAGAAGAUGGCUGGUGGACGGUGGAGAGGAAUGGGUACAGCGGGCUGGUGCCGGGAAACUAUCUGGACAAAAUCUGAUCCAGCACAUCGACACCAAGCAAAACUACAGACAUAUUUAACCAAUGAAAGCUUCUAGAUACUGUAUUUAAUCCGUUUUCAUUAAAAGCAUGGCUAAUUAUGUUACUGAAACCUGUUUACUGCCUGUAAAAAAGAAGUAAAGUUCCAGACGACGUUUGUGGGAAAAAUUUAAUUUUAUAUUAUGCUGACACAAAAAGUUAUUUCUGUGACUAAUUUGGUCUGGCAGUCAUGUACAGCUAACAGUGCUCUUGGGGUCCUCAGGUCAGGACAGGGCUCUAACAGUGGCGAUUACUCUAAGACUGCAAGGGAAGCUUUGCUUCCCCUUCUUGAAAGACCAGCAUCCACCACUGGGCUCUAAGUAGCUGUAUAUUUCACUCAUGAGUCUGGCCAGCUAUGUUCUUAAGUUAACAUCUUCAGACACAUUUUUAGGUUUCAUGGUUAGCAGCUCUACAACUGUGAUCUGUUUUAGAUGCAGAUUUCAUGAAAACGUGUGAGCAGCAUGGUGAAGAAACAAAAACAGAAAUUUAUAUUCCUGCUUCAGUCCCCUUUUGGGCUACACAACCUUUGAGGUACAAUGCAUUUCUGUCAUAAUCUGCCAUGUUAUGCUUUGUGUGUGUUUACUUUUUCAGUCAGGUGUUUUUUCUGUUCCUCCAGAUUAGUAGUUUAUUUCAGUUUUUACCUUCUAGAUUCUUGAGUUUCAUGUGUUUAUUUAUAUUUUCCUACAGAUCUACUUUUUCCAUUGGUUUUAUUAGUCUAGUCUCUGCCUCCUUUCGCUCUGUUCCUCAGUCUCUGCCUCCCAGAUGUAAUCAGUCUCAUUUCCCCUCGGUUCCCUGCAGCCGGUUCCACACCUGUUCCAUGUUUCCCUCUGAUUAAUUGCCUGCCUCUCUCAUUGGUCCAUACUCUAACUCCCACUACAUAUAAGCUUGUUGGUUUUGAUUGUUCCCCGCUGGUUUCUACGGUUUACGCUCCUGAUGUUACCAGGUUCCGUAUCCAUGUCUGUGUUCUGGCUUUCUCUGUAAGUUAUUAUUAUUAUUAAAAGGAGAAACCAACUCGCCAUGCUGCUCCUGAGUGUUCAUCUGCACUUUGGUUCCAAAGAAACCAGAAUUUAACUUGAUAAUUUCUUGACAGAGCAGGGCAUUCUACGUUAGUCACCCUAAAAUAAAAUUGUAAUCCUGCAACCUUACGAGUUCUGUGCAUUCCAGAGGUUUUAUUUAUCUACAAUACUGGGAUAAACUACGCUGUAAAAAAAAGGCAAACUAAACUACUUUCUUUUAUCAGCUGUAUUUAAAAAAAUUUGUUAGGAAAAUCUUUAUAGCUCAUAAAGACAUAUUAGAAUUUUCUGCACCACAUAAGGAAGUGGGGUUUGACUUGUAGUGUUUUUAAAUGACCUAUCAAGUACUGAACAGUGUUUCUGUCUGCAUUUGCAAUUGUAUUAUUUUCUUUUGUUCCUAUAUAUUUUGUUAGUUAUUAGCACAGUUGCAAACAUUGCACUUGUAUUACCACUUUGCUUUGUCAAUCUAGUUAAGUUUAACAGCUACAAAAUAGGUUGUGUGAACAGUAAGUAUAACAAUAAUUUGGACAUUUAACCAUUUCAAUCUUUCAAAGCAAGGUUUUUUUUUUUUUUUUUUUAAGUAUGCUGCAAAUUUAAUUAAAAUGCAUUUUCUCUGUACAAUGUAUUGUGGUUGAGUUUGCAAAUAAAAGAAGACCAGAUGAAAUAUUUGA